CUCCUCUCUUUCGCUUUGCACGCGGAGCUCGGCUAUGUGGUGGUGCAGGCGCCUCUUGAGGACCCCGCUUUCUCCGGGCCUGGGCAGCCCCUCCCGGGCCCAGUCUGCCCUGGCGCAGCUGCAGCAGGUGCUGGAGGGGGAGCUCGAGGGCAUCCGCGGCGCGGGCACCUGGAAGGGCGAGAGGGUGAUCACCUCGAGGCAAGGACCGCGCAUCCAGGUGGAAGGCAGCCGCGGAGGUAGGUGGGGGGGGGGCAGGCGGUAAGGCACCCUGCUGCUGCUUAACUAAGAGGCAAAAUCCCGGGGCGGGGACUUGGAUAGCAGAAAGAGAGCUUCGGCUGGAGUUGCCUUACUAUUAUAUUAAAUUAAUUAAUUGAAUUUUGCCAGUUGCUUUAUCGUGCCCAGGGCAACCUAAAGCGACUUAACAACCAAAACAGACAGACAGACAAUAAAUCCUACAUACAGUGCUUUUUUUCCUUUAAAAAUGUUUAGGGGUACUCUCAUUUUCCUAUUCAUAUUGAAAUACUGCCCCUCAGUGAGGCCAAACUUAAUUUCGCAAAAUGUUUAGGGGUAUGCGUCCCCCAGAAAAAAGCACUGCCUACAUAGAUACAUUAAAACCAAGAGGAAAGAGAUUAAAACAUUGCACUCACUUCUAAAAGGCUACAGGUAGUUAAAGGCCUGGUUAAGGAGGAAAGUUUUUGCCUUAGGCAAAUAGGAUUCCUUUUGACAGCUCCAAGAGAACAUGGCCGCCUUUCUUCCCUCUUCCAUCAGGGUUCCAUGGCCUGUUAAACUUGUUGAACUUAGGUGCUGGCUAUAAGGAGAAAGCAUCGUGGCUCCUAUUACCCUCAGCAAUGUAAUUUAUCUAGUGAGUGCUGCAGUUCCACGGAGCUAUGCAGAACUGAAAGUAUAUUUGCAAAAUCGCUUUACGUUUGAAAAAAAAAACUUCAGUUCAGUGUUAUUAGUCUAACCGUGGCUGAAGUUAGAGAAUGGUAACUCAUAUUGAUAGAAGGGAGGGCUUUUACAGUGCCCGAAGAGUGUGAAAACGUUGAUUGGGGCACAGGAAGGUGUAGUGCAGAAACAAAAGAGGUAGUUGUAGGGGAUGAGUGUAUUGUUUAAAAGGUUGGAUCCAGCUGAUCCAUCAGUUUCACAAGGCAGAUGAAUAGCACAACAGAAACAAGCUUAAUCCACAGCAUUCAGGCCCUGUGUCCCUUUUUCCUUCCUCCUUUUUGUUUGUGAGCAGGCUAUUAGCCAACACCUGUUCCUUAAAACUGACUUGAUAUGUAAACUAAUCAUGUCUGUAAUAGCCUAUUAUAUAGAUUACUAAGUAUUAUUUAUUCUUACAAAAUGAGCCACAAUUGUGAGAAUAUGUAUCGUUGUAAUUGAUAUAGCCAGUAGAAACUUAACAUAUGUUUGGUAGAACCUUCCUUAACUGGACUGUUUCCGUAGUUCUGAUCCUGUGCUCAGUACUCUUGGUGUGUUUGUUUUAGCUCUUUAGCUCAUGGAGGCUUGAUUAGUUGACCUGGUUCCAAGUAGCGUUGUUAAACAAAUGGAGAGAGUGUGUGUGUGUUUUAGUUCUGCUUUUCUUACCAACUGCCAGAUCUUUUUGUGUAAACUCCAGAAUUUCAACUUAUUGCCUAAUGUCUUUUGAGUUGAGCUGUCAUUUUUGAGAAAAAGCUGUAUCCUUUCCAUUUAAUUCAUCAGGGAUGAGGAAUCUGUGGCCCUCCCAAUGUGGUUUGACACAGUUUGCACUACCCUUAAUAAGGAAGAUUAGUCAUGGUGGCUGGAGCUAAUGACUGUCCAACAACAUCUGGAGGCCAUAGAUACUUGACCUGCGCUUGAACUAUGUAGCUGCUGCACACACAAAUUGGGGUGGGGGGGGGACUUUGUGGAGCUCUGCUUUGAACCGUAAUUUCUCAUGAAUCAAAUUCUCCUCCUCCAAAGAUUUCAAGCAGCCAGUUCUUUCAAGUUUUCUGUACAUUUCAAGUGGCUAAAAAUACAGUGCAUUCCAUAAGCACAAAUUCUCAGCAUCAAAAAUGGGCUAGAAAGUUUGAUUUGGGAUUUUAACUUUAAAUUCCUAGCAUUUCAAGUGUGCAUAGUGCUUCGUCACAAAGUAGGCAUUUAAUAUCCUCUGUUUUACAAACAUGUCCAAGGCUACCAGUAAAUUGUUUGUUUCGUUUAAUAAAAUUUGCUGCUUGAUUUGUAAUAAAACCUCUCUCCCUAGCCAGCCAGCCAGCCAGCCAGCCCUCCCCACCCCAAAUUCCCUUAAGCUGGGUAAGGUAGGGUGGACAUAGCAUAUGAGUAUUGCAACAGCAGUGACUUCUUUUCUCAUUUCCCUCUACAGAAGCAUUAUGCUAUGAACACCACCUGACCUCUAGCUCCAACUAUAGGGAAGAGACUAUAACUGGGUGCAGUCUUCUCCAACCAGGUGCCUUCUGUAUAUUUUGGACUACAACUCCCAUCUGCCCAAGAAGGAAUAGUGAAUGGUGAGAGAUGGUGGAAGUUGCAGUGCAAAAUAUCUGGGUAUCGCCAGGUGGGCGGGGGGAGGCAGGCUUGUUGAGGGAACUCAUGGUUUGCAUGUAGAAGGCUCCAGUUUCAGCCCCCACCAUCUCCAGUUAAAGGGACCAGAUGGUGGGUGGUAGAGAAAACAUCUGCUGGAGAUCCUAAAGAGCAUCACUGAAGACAGUAGAGAGCUAAAUAGCCUGACUUGGUCCAAGGCGGCUUCCUAUGUUCCUAGAAUCAAAGUGAGAAAUAUACUUAAGAAGAUGAAUAAGGUAGGAGUGUGUGCACAUCGCUUGUUUGUUUCAGUCUUCUUCUCGUUGUUGCAGAUAUCCUGAAUUUUUGUGCCAACAAUUACCUAGGAUUGUCCAGCCAUCCCAAGGUGAUCCAUUCUGGACUGGAGGCCCUGGAGAAGUAUGGAGCUGGCCUCAGUUCCGUCCGCUUCAUCUGUGGAACACAAGUAGGAAUGAGCAGGAGUGUUGCAAAGACCUAACCAUAUUCGCAGUGCAAGCGUCUGAAAAUGCCACUGGCCUGCUUCAAGUAAUUGCUUUGAGGGCAAGCUUCUUGAUUAAAACUGCUAUUGUUUUAGCAAUUAAGGAAAAGCUCUGGCUGCAUUGAUGCUUUUUUAUUAAUUCACAAGCAGCUAUAAUCCAAGGACUUUGCCUUUUUGUGGGGGGGGAGGGGAGAAGGAAAUUCAAAGUUCUGCAUGAAGGAAACAAUGAAAGUGUGUAGCAGUAAUGAUACAGAAUAAGCAUAUUUACAUGUAUUUGCAUGCUAUGCAUAAUUUUACACUUCUUAUGGUUGUGGGAAGAAGCAGUAAGAAGAAACCACACAGGGCAUCCUGUCUCCACCCCAUAGCUGACUAUUUGAUAUUAUCAGAUGUUACCCACACACUCUCAACAUGUACAGGCUGGAAACAUCACUUGAAGGAAAAGGAUUCCCACGAUGCUGCGUUAUGCACAAGUUAACAAUUUCUGCCCCUAGGCAGCUGCACAGCCCCACCUAAAACUCACUUGAGCUAUCCCGAUAGAAUGAUGAUGCAGCUCCUCUCGGGGGAAUUUUCUCAUGUGUCUCAGAAGUGGCCCUGAACAACAAAAGACAUCUUUCUAAGGCUUCAGUGCACCUUCAUUGAUGAAGAACCUGUCAUCAUACAUAGGAAUUAGCCUUUGAAUUGAGUGCAAACACAUACACCUUCCAUCACCCCCAACCCAAGAAAGAAUAAUAAUGGGAAGGAUCACUGUACAGGCCUAUCCACCACCACACACACACAGAGCUCCCAAAUUUAUCGGUACAGUGUUACCUCUGGUUACGUACUUAAUUCAUUCUGGAAGUCUGUUCGUAACCUGAAACUGUUCUUGAUCUGAAGCACCACUUUAGCUAAUGGGGCCUCCUGCUGCCGCUGUGCCGCCGGAGCACGAUUUCUGUUCUCAUCCUGAAGCAAAGUUCUUAACCCGAGGUAUUAUUUCUGGGUUAGCGGAGUCUGUAACCUGAAGCGUAUGUAACCUGAAGCGUACGUAACCCAAGAUACCACUGUAUAUGAAUUUGCCAAUAUACAAACUCAGGGAAAUGAAUUUAUAUGUUAAAUUUCAUAGCUGGAAGCGGUAUGUCUCUGCGUCCCAUUUGCUGGGAAGCACAAGUAGAGAGAGUGCUGUUGCGUUCAGGUCCUUCUUGCUGUCUCCCCAUAGGCAUCUGUUUGACCAUUGUGAGAACAGGAUGCUGGAAUAAAUGUGCUUUUGGCCUGAUCCAGCACGACUCUCCUUAUGGUGGUAUUUCCACAGUCAUCAAGAUGUUUCUGGCAAGAAAGCUGGGCCUGUUUUAGAUGUGGGAAGUAAUAGCCUUUCCCAUACGCCUGUUUCAGUCAAGGUAGAUCCUACAAAAUAAAAGGUAUGGUCAUGUAGAUGUUUCAGUGCUGGGCCCUGGGGGCAAGCAGACUGGCUAAGGAGGACUGGAGUACAGUGGUACCUUGGUUCUCGAACUUAAUCCAUUCCGGGAGUCCAUUCGACUCCCAGAACCAUUUGAAAACCAAGGCACGGCUUCCAAUUGCCUGCAGGAGCUUUCUACACUCAAUUGGAAGCCAUGGAAGUCGGACGUUCGGCUUCCAAAAAACAUUCGCAAACCUGAACACACAAUUCCAGGUUUGUGGCGUUCGGGAGCUGAUUUGUUCAGGAGCCAAGCAGUUCAACAACCAAGGUACCUCUGUACAAAUCUUAGCAAGGCUAGAACCCUGGAACAAAAGAGGAUCCCAAUUUAACUUUCAGUGUUUAUAAAUAAGUGAUCUAGAAUGUCUGGCUAUAGCACUAAUGGUGACAAUAAUAUAUAAUGUAUUAAAUUUGUUAGCUGCUUUAUGAGGAAAAGAAAAUGUCUCAAAGCAACAUAACAGGAUAACCAUUGGAAUCUUCUGUGCUUUCUCAUUAGAAUAUACACAAGGAUCUGGAGGAGAAGAUUGCCCGUUUCCAUCAGAGAGAAGACACCAUUCUCUACGCCAGCUGCUUUGAUGCCAAUGCUGGGAUCUUUGAGGUUCAUAGCACUUUCUGUUUAGGAAGUUGGGUGUUGGUGUUUGGGGGGUGGUCAGUGGAAAGCAUCAAAAUCCCAAAGCAACUCUCUUUGUGACAGAUUUCCGGAGGGGUAGCCAUGUUAAUAUGUUGCACCAACAGGGAACUAAGAAUCUCACAGCACUUAGAAACUAAGCAACUUUAUUAUGGCAUACGUUUUUGUGGACUAAGGUUUACUUCAUAAUAUGCAUGGUUAUCUUCAGUUGGCAGACAUGCACAGCCACAUACUGGGAGGUGUGUGUGUGUCAGUGAGGACAAAAGGAAAGAGCGUGCAAUACACAUAGUCCAUGACAGUUUUGUUAAAGUGGACUUGGGGAAGUUAUGGCUCUUCAGAUGUUACUGGGCUACAGAUCCCAAUUUCCCUGACCAUUAGCCACACUGGAUGCAGUAACAUCUGGACCACAGGUUAGCAACCCCUGUGUUAAACUUCUAUGUAUCCAAAAAUCACACAGAGCAUUCACAAUGGCCAUAAUGGAUAGCACAAGCAUCACAACAUAGUUAUUUUAUUUAUUAGUUUAUAUACCACCUUUUUCUUCGAAGGGGCUCAAGGUAGUGUACAUGGUUCUUGUUCACCCCAUUUCAUCCUCAAAUCACCCCUGUGAGGUAGGCUAGGCUAAGAGAUGGUGACUGGCCCAAGAUCACCCAGUGAGCUUCAUGCAUGAGUGGGGAUUCAAACCCUGGUCUCUCAGGUCUAACCAUUAUACAACACUGGCUUAAGUUAGAUAUCCCUUGUAUUGGGAAAGAAAAUGUCACAGGACUCUUGUGGGCAUUUUUUAAUAGUCUGUGGAGUAGCCUAUUAUUUUAGGGAAGUAUGAAACUUCAGUUGUUAAGUGAUGUAUAGUAAGCAGGUGCUUGCUGUAACUAUUCUCUCUGCCUUCCGGUACCUACAGGCUCUACUGACCCCUGAAGAUGCAAUACUUUCAGAUGAACUGAAUCAUGCCUCUAUCAUUGAUGGGAUCCGGCUGUGUAAAGCCAACAAAUAUCGCUACAAGCACAUGGACAUGCAGGACCUGGAAGCCAAGUUGCAGGAUGCCCAAGUAAGUUGGUGCUGUGGCUCCAAAGCAAAGUCAGAUUGCUGCUUUUCCAAGUGUCCACCUCCCCAUGAGCAAUUUUUCUUAGGUUCUUGCUUACUUGGUCUCCAUUGACCACAUCCCUGCUUGCUCUCCUACGCAGAAAUAUCGUUUGAGGAUGGUGGCUACGGAUGGUGCUUUCUCCAUGGAUGGUGACAUUGCUCCCUUGCAGGAAAUCUGUAGGCUGUCCCAGAAAUACAAAGCUAUUGUUUUUGUUGAUGAAUGUCACGCCACUGGAUUUCUUGGGCCCAACGGACGGUAAAAAAAAAUCAAAGUAUUUUCUUUCGUCGCAUUCUUUGUUGCUGUCGUUUUUAGCAAAGAAAAAUUAUCGCCAGUGAUUUCUAACUAUAUAAUAAAAUUGUAAGGAUGUUGUCAAGGUGCAGUUUGCUGCAGCCAUGUGAGCUGCAGCAAAGCAGCGAAUAGCAUGUGGGCAGCCCAGACAGGCAGGUGAAUGAACAGGUGGUCAUGGCAAACCACAGAGGAACAUCAGGACACCAUACUGAUGCUGCUAUUUUGGCCUCACCAGGGUCAGAGACCGAGGAGCAAGGAAAUGAUCACAGAGCCAGAUGGUUGCUGGUGAGUUGCCCCAGCCUGUCCUGCCUCUUGGUCUGUAGCUUACCUGUGCUGGAGUUUGAGUGACCUGCAAGGGUGGGUUUGGCAAGGCUGGCCAAGUGUAAAGGGGGGGGGGGGUUGGUCAGGCAUAGGGAAUGGGGAGGGAGGUUGGCAAACGAAGUGAGCAGGGGUAGCAGCCCUGAGAAUAAUGAGUCAGGAUUAAUUUUGUGCUGCUUUUUAGCCCCCAAAGUGGCACACAAGUGAAAAUACAGUAUCAAACACACUAUAUAAAACCCAGCGUUGCAUUAUAAGAUGAUAGUGACAAUGAUAAUAAUGACUUAAAAUAGCAGAAUAUAAAGCAGACUCUGGGGUGAGAACAGCAGUUCAGUCAUCAUAAAAAGACCAAUGGGGUGGUUGAAGAAGAGUGAUAUUUUUUAUGCCCUGGCUAAGUUAGCUCAUAGCAGUAAAAUAGGAAGCUUAAUAAACCACACACUGCUUUUUUAUGGCUUUUAUUGAACCCCCAUUAACUGGCCUAUGUUGUGGACCUCCUUGUAAUCUUGGGAUGUAAGGGCUGUAUGUAUCAUGGCCACUGGGCCCAUCACCUCCUGGCAAAUAGAAGGGGAAGAAAUGGAGGCAGUGAGAGAUUUUACUUUCUUGGGCUCCAUGAUCACUGCAGAUGGUGACAGCAGCCACAAAAUUAAAAGACGUCUGCUUCUUGGGAGAAAAGCAAUGACAAACCUAGACAGCAUCUUAAAAAGCAGAGACAUCACCUUGCCAACAAAGGUCCGUAUAGUUCAAGCUCUGGUUUUCCCAGUAGUGAUGUAUGGAAGUGAGAGCUGGACCAUAAAGAAGGCUGAUCGCCAAAGAAUGGAGGGCACAAGGAGAAGGGGACGACAGAGGAUGAGAUGGUUGGAUAGUGUUCUCGAAGCUACCAGCAUGAGUUUGACCAAACUACGGGAGGCAGUGGAAGACAGGAGUGCCUGGCGUGCUCUGGUUUAUGGGGUCACGAAGAGUCGGACACGACUAAACGACUAAAAAACAACACCGAGGGCUGUAUACAAAUUGGAUAAAUAAUAAUAUUAAUGGAAAGAGGGCAAACAAUCAGGAAGGAGAUUGCUUUGUCUUCAGUUUGAACCCGAGAUCAUGGUUUGUUCUGUAACGAACCACAGUCUGUAAGCAAACAACAAACCAUGGUUUAAUCCUGGCUAGCAAUUUGGGCUUGUUAGAAGGGAAACAAACCAGCUGUGGAGUCUGUUCCAUUAGAGUGAAUGGGGCACUGUCUCACCAACCUGCCUUACUGUUUAGGUAGGUUAGGCUGAGAGUUGGUGACUGGCCUACAUUUAUAUUCAUAGCUGUUUCCCAGACCACGUGCAGGCCGUCACAGCAUUUCCAGUUGCUGGGGAUGAUGGGAGUUGUAGUCCAGCAGCGCCUGGAGGAGAAAGCUUCCCCAGCUCAGCUCUGGAACAGACGAAUGGGAGAAUUCUGAAGCCUAAGCUAAUAACAGUUAUUUUCUCCUUGCAGGGGCACUGACGAACUCUUGGGAGUGAUGGACCAAGUCACUAUAAUCAACUCCACACUUGGGAAGGCGCUUGGGGGAGCAGCAGGUGCAGUUGCUAACUAGCAGUACCCUAAUUAGAAGUGUAGGGGAGAAAAAUACAUUUUUUUUUUGUAUUAAUAACUUCUGUCCUGCUUGUCGUUCUAAACUCAGAACAGCUGACAUCCUCUUCAUCACCAUCCAUUUUCCAGAGGUCUCCCUGUUCAUUAUUCUUCCUCUCACCUCUCUCUCUUUCACAGAGAUGAUUUGAGAGGCAGGUUGGUUAUGUCAUCUUUGGGCCAAAGCUAGAGGGGCUAGACACAAGGAACAUCCUUGAAUAUGGGGGCAGGGAAAGGGAAUAGAGUCAAGAGAAACCACUGAGUUGGAGGAAGCCGUUUCAAGUAGAAAUUGGAGAGCAGCAAAGUCCCCAGCCCCCAAUUCUGCCUUAGCUGUGGCAGCACCUGAUAUCUUAAAGCGCAGAUUGGGAAUCUCAGGCAUUGGGGCCCUCUAGGCUUCUCUGCCUGGCCCCUGGAACUCUUUGGAGGCAAUGCCCCUCGUCUGGCUAACCCCCUUCUCCGUAGACCACAGCCCUCACUGUCUCUGCUCUGUGCUCAAAUACUUUUGCCUGGCUGGAAUGUACCCUUGAACUGUGAUAAUGUAUUUCACUUGCUUGGAUGGAGAAAAGAGAGGUGUGUGUUUGUGUGUGUAGAAAACCUGUGUGUGUGUGGUUGCAAUGCAGCCUGCUGUGUAAAGGUAAAAGUGGAUCCUUGGCUCUGCCCACUUUCAUCCCUCUCCCUGCCCCUGCCUUAAAGGAAGAGUGGUUCAGUUCUGAGCACCUGCCAUUGACAAAAUCCAUUUUACGAUCUAGAAGGGAUUGCUCUAGAGCUGGUGUGAGGACCUAUUGGCCUUCCCGUCAUUGCUGAACGACAGCUCCCAUCACCCCCAGCAAGCAUGGCUGCAGCAGGGAUGAUGGGAGUUGUACUCCAGCAACAUCUGGAGGGUCAAAAGUUUCCCACACCUCCAUUGGGUAGAGCAGAUGAGCACAACAAAUGAGCGUCUCCCUCGCCCCCUUGAAGAGCACAGUCAUCUAUGUCAUCCAUGGUGGCCCAUGGGGCCUUGAACUAACUUUGUCUUUCUUCUCUUUGCAGGUGGCUACACAACCGGCCCCAAAGCGCUCAUUGACCUUCUGCGCCAACGUUCGCGCCCUUACCUCUUUUCCAAUAGUUUGCCUCCUGCCGUGGUGGGCUGUGCCUCCAAGGCUCUGGAUAUCCUCAUGGAGAGCAAUGCCAUUGCACAGUCCAUGGCUGCCAAGACCACACGGUAAGGGAGCCUGUCAUUUAUCUAGACCACCUUUUGUUCAAAUUGUCCUCAAGAUGGUUUACAACCCAUAGUGUGCGCCCCUCCUUAGGAUACUCCAUUUUCUUUCCUGGUUUUCCACCUUCUUUGGCCACUGAACAUGCUGAACCCUCAUUGGGCUGUUUUGGGGGGAGUUUGCUCAGCUAGUCCCAUUCCCCCCGAAAGUACUAUUUGUACUUUUGUACAUCUUUUGGUUCCUCCAAAUAUACUCCCUUUCAUUUGUCACUGGUCACAUUUUGACUUAUAGCUGUCGGCACUCCACACACCAGUGCUUUAUUAGAGGGUGUGAUGUUUUCUGCUGUCAGAACAGUUUCUGUGUCAGAAUGGAAGUAAAAUAGUACACAGUCCCUUCCACAGACAUAAAUGGGAGAGGGAGGGAGUGCUCCGUAGAGGGGACAGGCAAAGCAGGUCCCACGCUGAAGGCGUUCCUCUUCCUUGCAGUUUCCGAAGCAAGAUGGCGGCAGCUGGAUUCACCAUUUCAGGGAAUGACCACCCUAUUUGCCCUGUGAUGUUGGGCGAUGCCCGGCUGGCGUCCUUGAUGGCUGAUGACAUGCUGAAGAGAGGUAACCAAUGUGGGGCAGGGGAGCUUCGCGUAACUUAUGAUAUCUUCGGGUGUCACUGCCUGAAAAGCCCUAGGAUGGUUUUAAGAACUUUUGAGUUGGGAGGGGAAACCCAGAGACUCUUCUUUGCUUUGGAAGCUGUCACAAUCGGUGUGGCUCUCUUUGUAUCCCCAUUUCAUGUGAAGCUAACUCUGCACAGCAGGGAACUCCCAGGCAGCCUCUGAGGAAACAAGGAGGAAAAGCUGAUGAGUUAAUUCUUGCUUUAAGACAUUGAGCAUGAAUUGUGUUUUGCAUUUCAGAGCUAAUAAAAUUGGCUGAGUUGUUUUUUGUUUUGCUUUAUAUUGUGCAUUAUGCUAUACUAACAAGCAUUCUCAGCACUUCUUGUAAAAUAGGUAUUUAAUAAUACAGACCCUAUUCCUGGUUAAGGCAUGGCAAUUCUGUCUUCAGAUCCCUAACCUCCAUGCUGUGUACCAGUUGCUUUACCAUAGACACAGCAUGGGGCUCUUAUUUAAACCUCCUUUGUUUUUCUCCUCCCUGUCUUGACUCUUAAGUGUUCCUGCAUUUCUCUUAAUGAUUUGGCAGUGGAAUUAUCCCCGAUCCUGUAUACCAGUGGUCAUGAACCAUAAUCUGCCUGCCAUUAUGUGUUGCUGCUCCUGCUCCUUUCAUUUCAGAGACUGUUUUGAGAAUGGGCCACAUGUAGAGACUAGACCUCAUGCUGCCAACCCCUGUCGCUUCUUGCUCAGUUUCCCUCUUUCUUCCUGUUCUGAGGGGUUACUACAGAACUGGCAGAAAUUCAGUACACCCACUUGUGCCUCCACCCUGGGCAGAAGCUGUGAUGAUCGGCAAAUCAUUAGUCAAACUUUUUGCUUGAUGUGCAGCUGUUAAGUAGAAGACGGGCAUCAGGGACAGCAUAAAGCUGCAGCAGUGAAUCAAAUCUGUUUGAUCCAAUUUUUUUUUAAAAAAAGUUUAAUCUGCCAUUUGAAAAUAAGCAUAUAAAAAUACUAUCAUUUUUAAUACAAGUAACUGCAAUUUUUUAAAAAACUCCAGUUGGCCAGUCUUAAGAGGCAUUUCUGCUUUUCUCUCACCUAAGUUCCUAAAACGAUGUUUGCUACACAUCCAAAAAUAUUAUGGAUAAGGACAGCCUGCUGGCAUCCUGUUCUCACAGUGACCAACCAGCGCUCACCACUCCUGCAGAUUCCUGCUCCUUGAUUCAGUGCUACUUUCCUCCUCUUCAACCCAGAUUUGCUCAGUCCUUCCAGAGCUGCCUUUCUGCUCUGGUUUUAAUCACACCUUAACAACAGCACAAGUCCAUCUGACCUGUCACAGAGCCACUCCUGCAUCUUCCAACAGGCAUUCCCCUGGUCGCUCUGUAGAGGGCAGCAUUGUCUCCAGAAAACCAUCCUGGAAGUUUGACGCUGGUAAACACACACCCCUUGUUGUACUCUUGGUCGCAAUCCAGAGCUGGCCUAAGACAACACUUUGCUGUACAACCUGAUCCAAGAGGUGCGCGAUCUGCCACACUGGAAGAAAUCUUGGGCAGUACUAAACAACAGUCUGUAACCCAAGAAGCGGUUGGCUAGUUCAGAGCAGUAUAGCAUUGUCACCUUGCCAACUGCCUUUUUGGUCCUUCUGGGCUGUAUGACAGCUUGGGUGAUAGUCUGCAGUGUGAGAGGGUAGUGAAGGCAGCCAAACCAAGUCCUCUUACUUCUUAACUUCCCCUCUGCCAUCAUGUGGAUAUCUUUAUUUUCUCUGACUCUGGGUGCAUCCAACACAGUAAAACAUCAAAUAUUAAAAACUUCCCAAUAAUAAUAAUAAUAAUACUGAUAAGGGUUGGGGACCCUGGUGCAGUUUCUGAGCAUGUGGAGCUUUGCUAUUCUCAGCAAAACACUAAGAACAUAAAUAAGAGAUUCAGGGAGUGGGGAUCCGUCACCUGCUUCCUGCAAGUUGCCUAGCAAGAAGCUUGCAUGUGCUGUUGUACAGAAAUAUGUGCACAAUGGAGAUGGAAUUUAACCAAUCCAUUGAUACAAACAGUGUUGGGUUUUAUUCCGAGUGAUGCUUAACAAUUCACAUCAAAUGUUGUAGAUUCUCUAGGUCAGCCUGGCAGCGAAGUUCAUGAAAUUGUGGAAGUUAGUAAAAUGUGGCAUGCCCCCAUAUGAGUUACAUGGAUGGAUGCUGAUAUUUUAAUGCAUUGUUUUCUUAAAUUGUGUAAUCUUAUAUUCUUGUGAUAUAUUUGUUUAUGCAUUUUUGUGUGCUGCCUUGUGAAAGAGUUUUAUUUAUUAAUCUCUUUGUUUAUUAUUUAUUUUACUCACUUAUUAAAGAAACAAAACAAGGUCUUGCUUAUGCAGUUGAUCUGCUGCCUCUGCUACACUCAUCUCCCCCCCCCCUUUCUCACCUGUCAGGCAUCUACGUCAUUGGAUUCAGCUACCCCGUGGUGCCCAAGGGAAAAGCUCGCAUCCGGGUGCAGAUCUCAGCUGUUCACAGUGAUGAGGAUAUUGAUCGGUGUGUGGAGGCCUUUGUGGAAGUUGGCCGUAAGCAUGGAGCCUUGCCUUGAAUGGCUGAAGAUCGUGAGCUGUAGGAUGCCUUUCGAAACCUGAAAAGGUGGACCGCACUGCUUUUCAGAGAGGUGGUAGUGGCUUUGAAAAGAGGCAUUGCUCACAUCACUUUUGGUGCUCUGUUGCCAGACUCUAGAACCUGUGCAUUCUACCUCCGCUUAAGGAGGACCGCAAUGUGCCUGGAGGAGAGUAAUAAAGGUGAUACGGACCCUAGUCUGAAGGAAGCUUUUUGUUGGUACAACACAUCUGCUGAAAUAAAUUUGCUCAUGGAGAGACAGGGCUGGUACUUUUAUCUUGUGCAUCAAUGAUGCAUAUUUGCCUUUGUAUAUGUCUUGAUCUGCUGAUAUUUUCCCCUUCCCUGCCCUGAACUGAUGCUAAAGGCAGGAAUGGGUAAUAAAAUGAAAAAGGUUGGCUUCA